AUGAAUCAAAAGACAAAGUUAUUGGUGGUGAAGAUUCGAGCUAUAGGUUUGGGUGAGGGAGAUGGUGGUAGUGGCUUGACAAGAACGAAGGGUGGUAAAAAGCUAGUUAUGAGACAGGCUGCUUCAGUGAAGUCAAUUCGGACGCGUGAAUACUUUGUGGUAGGGCCUGGUAUUGUGAAACCUCCGGCAGGAGAAUUAUUGUUCGAUUUUAUGUUAGACCGGCCGUUUGAUAGUUCCAGCCCAAGAAAUCUGGUCUCUUCAUUAAUGGUUAGUCGGUAUAAAUGGAUUACUGAUUCGGGUCAUUUAAAUUUACAGGAGGAAUUAAGCAACUAA